GCUCAGUCCGAGCUACCAGCACUGAUACUUGCUGCGGUCCGAAAGACUUCCUGUAGACCGAGCCCCAAAAGCAGUUCCGUUACCCUGGCGCAGCGUGCUGGACCUGAAACAACUCGGUUGCCGAAUGGUGUAGUGAGUCGGCGACGAGCGCAGCAGAAACGCAGCGUACUGUGGCACACGACCUUCUUAUUCGCAUCGGCUCGAUCAUUGCAAAAAUGAAGUUCUUUAUCGACGACCUGCCAGUCAUAUGGCCUUAUCCACGCGUCUAUCCCGAGCAAUAUGCAUACCUGUGCGAUUUGAAACGCACGCUUGAUGCCAACGGGCACGGCGUGUUGGAGAUGCCUUCGGGCACGGGUAAAACUGUGACCCUUCUCAGCCUGAUUGUGGCAUAUCAACUACAUUACCCCAACCGACGGAAACUCAUCUACUGCUCGCGAACGGUGCCAGAGAUCGAAAAGGCGCUAGCAGAGCUGAAGCGCUUGUUCGAGUAUCGCGCCGAAUAUACCGAGAAUGGCGAAGCAGAAGACUUGCUGGCGAUCGGGCUGACGUCGAGGAAGAACCUCUGCAUACACUCUGAUGUUUCGCGAGAACGCCGGGGAAAAGUGGUAGACGCCCGGUGCCGUGACAUGACGUCCGCCUGGGCAUGCCAAAAAGGUCGAGAGAACCCUGACAGCGGUGUACAGCUGUGCGAGUACCAUGAAGAGCUUGGGACCCGCGAGCCUGGACAGCUCAUCCCUCGCGGAGUAUGGACACUCGAGGAGCUCAAAGCAUACGGUCAGGACCAAGGAGUUUGUCCUUAUUUCGCUUCUCGCCGCAUGAUCCCAUUCGCCGACAUCUUGAUCUGGAGUUUCCACUAUGUUCUAGAUCCCAAGAUUGCGGAGCAAGUGGCCAAGGACAUUUCAAAAGAUGCAAUCGUCGUUUUCGACGAAGCGCACAACAUCGACAAUGUCUGCAUCGAGGCGCUCUCCAUCGACCUAACGCGACCUAUGCUCGACGCGGCGUACCGAAACAUCAACAGCCUUGCGGACAAAGUCGAAGAGGUCAAGCAAUCGGACGCAGACAAGCUGCAGAAAGAGUACGAGAAGCUUGUCAAUGGCCUGCAGAAUGAGCAAGGGGAGGAUCGCGACGAGGCAGAGAACUUCAUGGCGAACCCAGUUUUGCCGCAAGAUCUGCUGCAAGAAGCGGUGCCGGGGAACAUCCGACGUGCGGAGCAUUUCGUUGCUUUCCUCAAGCGCUUUGUUGAGUACCUCAAGACGCGCAUGCGCGUCCUCCACGUCGUCGCCGAGACGCCGCCUUCGUUCUUACAGCAUCUCAAGGAAACCACGUUUAUUGAGCGCAAGCCGCUGCGAUUCUGCGCCGACCGCCUGCGCAUGCUUGUCUCCACGCUCGAACUGACGCGGUUGGACGAAUACUCAGCGCUGUCCAAAGUGGCAUCGUUCGCCACACUUGUCGCGACGUACGACAAGGGUUUCCUGCUUAUUCUGGAGCCUUUUGAGACGGACAAUGCGACAGUGCCGAACCCGAUCUUCCACCUGACUUGUCUGGAUGCUUCGCUGGCCAUCGCGCCGGUGUUUGAGCGCUUCAGCAGCGUCAUCAUCACCUCGGGUACGAUCUCUCCACUGGACAUGUACCCAAAGAUGCUCAAAUUCGACACAGUGGUGCAAGAAUCGUACACCAUGACGCUGACACGCCAGUGUUUCCUCCCGCUCGUCAUCACGCGCGGCAGCGACCAGGUCGCGAUCAGCUCGCGCUUCGAAGUGCGCAACGAUCCUGCUGUUGUACGCAAUUUCGGCCAGAUCCUCAUCGAUUACGCCAAGUGCAUCCCCGAUGGUAUCGUCGCUUUCUUCCCAUCAUAUCUCUACAUGGAGUCGAUCGUCGCUGCGUGGCACGAUAUGGGCAUCCUCGAGGAUGUCUGGAAGUACAAGCUGAUCUUUAUUGAGACCCCAGAUGCGAACGAAACAUCUGUAGCGCUGGAGAACUACCGCCGUGCAUGUGACAAUGGCCGUGGCGCCAUCCUGCUUUCCGUCGCUCGUGGCAAAGUCAGUGAAGGGAUCGACUUCGAUCACAACUACGGAAGGGCUGUCAUCAUGUUCGGCGUGCCGUACCAGUACACUGAGUCACGCAUCCUCAAAGCUCGACUGGAGUUCCUGCGCGACAAUUUCCGCAUUCGAGAGAAUGACUUCCUCACUUUCGACGCCAUGCGUACGGCGGCUCAGUGCGUUGGUCGCGUAUUGCGAGGGAAGACAGACUACGGGCUCAUGAUCUUUGCAGACAAGCGCUUUGCCCGCACGGACAAGCGAAACAAAUUGCCAAAGUGGAUCGCACAGCAGAUCACAGAGGCGCACAGCAACCUGUCCACUGACAUGGCCAUGGUCGAGUCCAAACUGUUCAUUCGGCAGAUGGCACAGCCGUAUCCUGAGGGCAAGGACGGGAUCAGCCUGUGGACGCUGGAGGACAUUGAGCAGCGACAAGCGAAAGAACGAGAACAUUUCGAGCGCCUGCUCGAAAUGGAUGGGCACAUCGAUGCGGAUCAGCUGGACGACAUUCAUGAUCUGCUGCUCGAUACUGAGCAGGAUGGCAAAAAUGCGGAGCCGGCCGAUGGCGGCGUAGAGCGGGACGAAUUUGACGAGGAGUUUGGAGAGGGGGACGACCUUGCAGCUGACAUGAUGGUUGACGAUUGACAGAGCAUGGCCC